AUGUGGAGGAAGAUCACCUUUGUGGCCGUCUUGGCUGUAGUGCAGUGUACCCCAGUGGAACGUGGCGUGGCUGAAAACUUUGUCGGAGUCGUGUCGGAGUGCGUGGAGAACGACACGACGCUAUGCCUGAAGGAAAAGGCCUUGAAGUUCACGGACAAACUAGCGAUCCUGAAGGAUGUCAACCUCUUCGAAGGCAUGACGCUAGUCAACACAGGAUCAGCCAGGUCCGCUCGGAGCUACGAACCGUUGUCCGAAGACCCUAAGACCAGAGAAAGCCAGCUGGAAGAGAGGAUAGUGGACAACGUUGGAGACUUCCUAGAUGACCACGUACUGCAGUUACGUCUGUCAGACAGCAAUGAUGAGUCAAGACAACUUGAUGAGGAAGGUCGUGGCAAGAAGAAGAAGAAGAUCAAGAAGCUCCUCCCCCUUCUCCUUCUCUUGAAACUGAAGCUUGCUGCUCUAAUCCCUCUCUUCCUCGGAAUCAUUGCCUUCGUCGCCCUCAAGGCUGUCUUUUUGGGCAAGAUCGUCUUCGCCAUGAACGCUUUCAACCUCAUCAGGAAACUUCUCUCCAAGAACCAGUCCAGUGGCUCCAGCUAUGGUCCCUCCCAUGAUGAGCACCCUGGGUACAACUAUGAGCCAGCACAGUCCUCUGGUUGGAGUCGGAAGGUCAAUGAUGCUCAGAGCCUCGCCUACAGCGGCCACUUGAGCCAGUUCUAG